UAUAAAUAUAACUUAGGUUAAGUACUGGUAGAUAUUUAGUAGGUAUUGAAUCUAUCAAAAACACAAAAUGAAAGUUUAUGCAGUUGCUCUUUUAAUUUGUGUAGCAUUAUAUGCUAAAUCCGAUGCAAUUCCUACAUUUUCAAUUAGUGACAGCAACGUCCCCGAAAUUCGAUACGAGCUGCAUGCUGUUCAAGCUCUCUCCGAAGCAUGGGUUUUGUAUCCCAACAACCCCUUGUCUCGUGCCGAGGCAUUCUCUGAUCUGUUCCAAGAUUUUUACCCGAUUGAAAAUGGAUGGAAUGUUGCCGGAGCCUGCGUACAAUUUUAUACCAGCAAAACCAGAAUCUUUGUUGAUAUUUUAGCGAAAGAUGCUAAUGGUACUAAUAUCAUUAAAAUUUUCAAUUAAAACAUUACUUUGAAUAAAUUGUUUUUAACUUAC